AUGGUCUCUUUGGACUCCUGGAACUUUGCUGCAAGGGGACCCAUUGUUUGGGGGCCUGCUGCCCAGACCCCAUCCCCUGAGGACCAGCUUUAUGACCCCAGCUGGUCCCAGUCCUACUCCUGGGCUUGGGUGGAUGCUUCUCAGACCAGGGGCUUGUCCGCCUUGACACCUGUGACCGCGAAGUGUGGGGAAGCCCAGGUUGUAGUGACUGUGAAAAGGGACUUUUUUGGGACUGGCAGGCUCAUCCAAGCCUCUGACCUUAUGCUGGGCUCCCCUGGCUGCCAACCCACGUCACUGGAUGCUGCAGAGGAGGUGGUGAUCUUUGAUGUUGGGCUCCAUGAAUGUGGCAGUGCCUUGCAGAUGAUGCCGGAUUCCCUGGUCUACAGCAUAACCCUUUACUACCGCCCCACUCCAGCCCCAAAUGCAAUCAUCUUAAGGACUAGUCCCGCAGAAGUCCCUAUUGAAUGUCAUUACCCAAGAAGGAACAAUGUGAGCAGCAAAGCCAUCAGGCCAACCUGGGUGCCCUUCAGCUCGACUCUCUCUGCAGAGGAGAAACUGAGCUUCUCCUUGCGUUUAAUGACAGAUGACUGGAGUGCUGAGAGAACGACCAACGGGUACCAGCUGGGGGAUGCGAUGUACAUCCAGGCAGCUGUGGACACCAACAACCACAUGCCCCUGAGGCUCUUUGUCGACCGAUGCGUGGCCACGCUGAGCCCAGGCAGGCAGUCCACACCGCUGUACCCAAUCAUCGACUACAAAGGCUGCCUUGUUGAUGGGAAAUCGGAUUCCAACUCCACCUUUGUAUCGCCGAGGCCCAAGGACGACGUGCUCCAGUUCACAGUAGACACCUUCAGGUUCGCGGAAGACCCCGGAGACCUGAUCUACAUCACCUGCCACUUGAAAGUUUCUGCAGCUGGCCAGACUCCCGAUCCAGAAAACAAGGCUUGUUCCUUCAGUAAAGCAACCAACAGGUGGACCCCGGUAGAAGGCACCCAGGACAUCUGCGCCUGCUGUGAAACUGGCAACUGCGACCUUCCCGACCAGUCAAGGAGUGUCAACACCUGGGACAGAUGGCUGACAGGAAGGAGGCUUGGCCGAGACGCUGCCGCUAAGCAAGAUAAAACGAAAGACGUGGAGACCGAUGUGAUGUUAGGUCCCAUAUUCAUCCUUGAUGCGUACCUGACCUCCAGAAGACUCGCAGGCCACCGAAGCGGAAUGAUGGAAUCCUCAACUAGUUACGGCUUCCUUCAAGCUCCUGGGACACUGGUGGGACUCAUCCUGAUAGCCAUCGCUGUGAUCCUGGCUCUCAUCACUCUAGGAAUUCUCUAUUAUAGGAAAAGACGUUCUGGCUCGUAUUAAGCUGUACCAUAUGUGUAUAAAAAAAGGAAAAAAUA